AUGGACACCUGCCUGGAAAGUGGGUCACGCCCAUCCAGGCUCCAUCGCACCCUUUGCGUCCUCCUUCUGUGGUCUGCCGGCUGGAGCUUCGCUUCGCCAACAGGGUCCAUCGAGAAGCUCACCAAGGACUCUCCGGCUCCAGAUCAGACACCCCAGCUGGAGAGCCUAAAGCAGUCGCUCUUGCGGGCAGUGGCUACGGAAGAUCAGGACGCGAUCUUCCGCAGUGCAGCCGCGCUCGAGGAGACAGGCUGCCGUGACUCGGCGAAGGUGCCGGGCCGGUGGGCUUUGGUCUUCUCCACCCAGACGGAGCCCGGAGAAACCCAGGAGGAGACCCCCUUCUCCACGAUCACGGCAGCACUGUAUCGAGUGUUCUUCCGCUUCGCACCGUUCCUGGCGGGUGCGCAGCGAAGCUCGAAGAUCGAGCUCGCUGGGCCUGUAUUUCCCAGUCUCUCGGUCGGCAAUGAACAGCUGGUGGACUUUGAAGCCAAGCGGGUGGACAAUCGCGUUGCCAUUCGUGUCGGAGGCUCCAGCGGCCCCAAGUUGGACUUGCGCGUGAAGGGUGAUCUGAAGGGGAGCGAUGCCCUGGACCUGGGCGUCAUCUUUACCAGUUUCUCCUUCAAGUUGCCGAACUUACCGGACAUCGAGCUGCCUCUGCCCAGGCCUGAAGGACGUCUGCGAACUACCUUCUGCGACAAAGGCCUUCGCAUCUCCCGAGGCGGCCGUGGGGGCAUCUUCGUGCUGAAGCGCUUGCCAGCGAAACCCUGA